UCAGAGAGUCGGGAGAGGAGAGAGGCGGUUUCCAACAACCGCGGUUUGACAUCUGGUAAAGCCUCUCGGGGAGACGGAUUUGUAGGAAAUAUAGCUUUGCUGUGGUUCCUACGGACUCCGCCGAGGGUUUUCAGAAGGCGAAACACAUUCAUUUUUUGACGAAGGGCUUCAACAACCAAGCCCGAAGAAGUCGGAGGUCGACUUCUUGGAGCAUCGUGUGCCGAGGUGAAUUGAUGUUCAACUCGGCCCUGCGAGAUAACAACGCUCCUUGUCACAUGAAAACCUCAGACCUUGCUGGACACAGAAGUGCAGCGAGAAGUAGACAGAGAACUACUUCGAGGACCUGGGGCCCGGUCGGAGGGGAGAGAUUGAAGAGAAGACAGCUCAGCUCCGUCAACUUUCUGACAACAAAGAGGUGACACGUAGUGCUGAAGCAGUAUGGGAGGUGGUGAGAGGUACAACAUUCCAGUUUCCCACCCAGAACGUCCGUUGCCCAAGAAGAACCAUCAACUUGGCCGGGCGAAGCAGAGGAGCCGUGACCAGAACGGAGCAGGAGCAUCUACAGGAGGGGCUGGGGGCCUUCACCACCAUGGCCACCGCCGGAGCGACAAAGGCGCUGCCUACCACAGGUCUCCUGAGGCGCGGCAGGCCGCGUCUGCAGAGAAGAGUGCUUCUGGCCGUUUUGCCACCAAUUACGAUCAGAACUGGGAGGGCGCAGUGUCUCACCUCAACACGCUUCUGGCCACCCAGGGCAGUCCAAGCUAUGCGGGGCCAAAGUUCAGCGAGCCACCCUCACCCAGCGUGUUACCCAAACCCCCCAGCCACUGGGUGUCUUUCCCAAUAGGCUCCUGUGAUCACAGGGAGAUGAUGACCUUCCAGCUGAAGAGCCUCCUGAAGGUGCAGGCCUGAGAAGGAUGCCCACAAUUGAUCUUUAGAAAAAAAAUAAACCCAACAUAAUGCAUGGACUGGGACUCUGUUGAGUCAUCCACCCACCAGGAACGCCCCAGUGCUGUAAUACUUUUAGUUCUUUUUAAACGUAACCUCACUUAAGGUUAAUAAGUAAUUAUGGCAGCCUUUUGCUGUUUAAUGUUUAACAUCCUUUUAAAAACACAAAGCAAAACACCUUUUAAAACUAUUACAGCCCUGUAGCCUUGCUGGUCGGCGAUGUUUUCAGUGGAGUCAGUUUUUGUGACUGACAAACUGGAUAUCCUUUUUACUUCUAUUUUGUUUUGUUGUUUUUCAAUGUUGGCUGUUAAGGCAGAUUGAGUGCCGUUUUCCUCCCCAAACAAGGACUGUGGUGUCGUUCAGGUAAAUUCCCAACACUUUUACGGUCCAUUUCUGUGGACAGACAUGCCUUUUCAUUUACAUAGGUUUUAUGAUGAGACUUUGGAGUUGCCUCUGAAGCUUCAGGUGCUAAAGCAAGUUCACAUUUGUAGCAUUUUAUGACAAGGGCCCAUCUUCUUUUCUUAAGAGUACUGCACUCCUUGUUUGGGAUGGAAAAAAACAAAGCACUUAGCUGCAAUUCUGCAGGGAAAAAGUUCUUUUACUGGAGGUAAUGAGCUGUAGUGGUAAAGGACAAGUGAGAAGUGUAACCUCAGACGAAGGGUAAUAAGAGACCAUGGCACACUGGCCUUUGAACACCAACUCCUGUAUCCUUUUUUUAUUGCGCUGUGCGCACAUGCACUAUAGGAGUUGUGUGUCUCUGGUCUGCGGCACUCUAUCAUAGCAUUAUUUUGUACAUGUCCUUUUUUGUUGUGGUUGAAAGAUAUAUGAAUUGCUGUGUGUUACCAAAGCAAUGUAUUGCUGUUUUUCUUUAUUUUGGACAUCCUCUGCGUGGCUUGGCGCCGACGCCUUCGCCACUACAAACUUUACCAGACUGCAGUGAACGGCUGGCCGGUGGCCUUUCGGGCCGCCUCGCUGUUCACCUGUUCCAAUCAGCACUGUUAUUACCCCUCAGUCUCUGCCUCCUCAGGGCAGCGCAGCAGCUUCAACAUGCGGAAGAGAGCCAUGCUAAGAUGCGGGACUGAUGAGUUUUGACUCGACGUGGCUCUGUUGGCUGUGUGCAUUUGUGUGCAAGGUGAGGCAGAGCUGAGGACGGUUUCUGAAGAGGAAUUGCCCUUUUGGGGGCUAAUCCGAGGCAAGACGCUGUUGUUUGUGUUUACAAAACAGGUCUCAAUUAUUGACCAUUGCGUAAUCUCUAGACACUUGCUGCCCAUGCCUCUUCCUCUUGUUUACCUUCUUGCACUUCAAUCAGACUGUUGUUUUUCCUGAGUUACAGACCAGAAUGCUAUUGAAAUGAUGGAGGCGUAAUUGACUAUCUUCCUAUGGAUUCUCUAUUUUUGUGUCUCAAUCCUCUAUAAAAGCUCUUAUUGCUCUCUUUGCAGAAUUGGAGCCGUGAGCGGCCGGCGUUAAGAUAACAAAACAAAAUAGGAGAGGUUGUUAGUGUCUGUUAAAGAGCCAUGUAAAUAAUAAAAUGUAUAAAGUACUUGUAGCAUAUGUACAUUUACAGGCCGAAUUUGAGGCCUGUCUGACAAAAGUAUUUUUAGUAAUAACACUGAAUGUAUAAGACAUGCUAAGGACGUGUCUUGACUUCAAUACAGAAAGAAUAUUUUUGUUAAAAAAAAAUAAAAAACCUGCCUCUAGCAUUUGACAGAAGCCCUGCGCUGUAGUCUUUCCAGAGAUCUUGCACAUGUUUUUUUUAUUGUUUUAUAUUGUGCAGCGCAGGGCGAAAAUGCUAUAAGUGCAAAUUAAGUAAAACUGCAACGAAAUCGAAACAAUUGGAUUGUAGGAGACUUGCUUAUGUACAAAUUUGAGUCUUGAAUGUGCUUACAGUGUAUAAGCGUGAUGCUUUUAAUCUUAAGUUGACAAACCUUGUGCCUAAGUUAAAA